AUGAGAACGUGGGAACGUAUAUACGAUUAUGCAUACUUUGACGAGUUCAAGGUCUUGAAGCUCAUAUAUCAGUCAUGGGAAAGCAAGGGAUCCCCUCUUUUCUCCAUGUACUUUUUCCUCCCGCACAAGGCAGAUGGGUUGUCAGAGAUGUUGGACCAGCCUCUAUUCCGCGGCUCUGAGGCAUUAUCACAAACACUUGGCGGGCUUGAGGAAGUGAGGCUGAAAAGGUUCGGUUCCCAAGUGGAAGUUCGCCCGGAAGUUCCAGCCCAGGGAGACGAUGGAGAAGCUGGAGCUUGCAUUGCUGUGGACGAGGAUGGUACGGAAGCUGCUGUUGUGUCGGCGUUUGACCCAAGGUGCAGAGCUAGCCCUUAUUCUCCCCCCAAGGAGGAGUUAAUAGCAGAUCAUCCCUUCGUGUUUAUGAUCGUGGAGAGUAAGUCUCAGGUUGUUCUUUUCGCUAGAGUUGUGUUCAAUCCCUAG